GGUCCACAUAUAGCUUCAGUUACAUUAGCUGCUUAUGAAUGCAAUUCAGUUAAUUUCCCUGAACCACCCUAUCCUGAUCAGAUUAUUUGUCCAGAUGAAGAAGGCACUGAAGGAACCAUUUCUUUGUGGAGUAUCAUCUCAAAAGUUAGGAUUGAGGCCUGCAUGUGGGGUAUAGGCACAGCAAUCGGAGAGCUGCCUCCAUAUUUCAUGGCCAGGGCAGCUCGCCUCUCAGGUGCUGAACCAGAUGAUGAAGAAUAUCAGGAAUUUGAAGAGAUGCUGGAACAUGCAGAGACUGCACAAGACUUUGCCUCCCGGGCUAAACUGGCGGUUCAAAACCUAGUACAGAAGGUUGGAUUUUUUGGAAUUUUGGCCUGUGCUUCAAUUCCAAAUCCUCUAUUUGAUCUAGCUGGAAUAACAUGUGGACACUUUCUUGUACCUUUUUGGACCUUCUUCGGCGCAACCCUGAUUGGAAAAGCAAUAAUUAAAAUGCAUAUCCAGAAAAUUUUUGUUAUAAUAACAUUCAGCAAGCACAUAGUGGAACAGAUGGUGGCUUUCAUUGG